AUGGCCGCACUGGUAGGAAACAUGGAUUCCGCGGAUUUGCUCCUUGUGGCGGCUGACGGGAAAAAGUUGCCGGCUCAUGAGUGUAUUCUACGAGCCCGAGCUCCCGGAUUUUAUCAGCGCCACAUCGAGCCUACGGUCGUAGCGAUGGGACCGGCGGUUGGAGGGAAGAUUAGAGAGGUAGCAGUUGGUGACAUCGACUCGUCGGGGCUGGAGUUCUUCAUCCAUUCUGUGUACACAGAAGACGAGAUCGCCCAGUUUCCGCCCGACGUCGGGGAAACGGUCGACGAGGAACCCAGAGAUUCCGACUCUCGAAACUCCAACACCUCCUUCAACAUGGACGCGUCGACGGAUUUGGAGGAUUUUAAGGCGCAGGAUCGAGAAGAGCACAUCCUCCCGAAAGGCGACGUUGCUCAACCACAUUCCUCACAGCAGCAUAAUCAGCAUCAGCAGUUUACGCAAAUCCCGAUGAUGACCUCGUUCCGAGACAUUGCCUCGCAUUCCCCGAUGAAUUCAUCGUUGUACUCGAUCGGCGGGAGAUCAGAUGUCGGUCCGGACAUACCGGAAGAAGACGAAGAUGGUACUUGCAUACCUGCUAGGCGGAAAAGUUCGAGACAAGAAACUACGAUGGGAAAAUUCAUCCGCUUGGAUUCUGCGGAUGAUGGCGAGAGGACCGAGACCGAGUCAAGAAGGCGUAGUAAUAUUCAUAAGCCGAUGUUCUCCAUGUUCAUCGGGCUCGACGAGUCAACUUCUCCCGGAGAGCGUAUGAUCAUCGACAUGACGCCGAAUCUUGAUGGUAAUGCGCCUAUUGCGGAUCGUACUCCUUCAUGCAAAUUAGCCUCCGAUUUGCUGGAGAUGUACAUCGACAAUAAGGACUCGGAUGUGGUGAUAAAAUGCGACAACGGGGAGCUUUUUGCGCAUAGAUGCAUCCUCUCCGCCACGUGCCCCUUCUUCCGCCAACAACUCCAGAAAACCCGACGUAUCGAGCUGAAGGGCUACAACAAGUCCUCCGUCCACUUUUUGCUCUGUUUCCUCUACGGUGGGCUGACGGCGAUUCCGGAUGAGGUCGACACAUGGGAGGUCCUCGCCCUGGCAACACAUCUGAAUCUGAAAGAUCUCAUCGAAGUUGUGAGCUUACAUCUGAAAGCUACGAAAUGUCACUGGUUCCAUAGGCCAUGCGCCGUCUGCGUCUCUGCCGUUUUUGACGCUCUCCCACAAUUCUAUUCCAUUAGAUGCCUAAAGCCACUUUAUGAAGAGGCAAUCCAAUGGCAAGCCAAGUAUUUUGCCCGAAUCUGGAAAGGACGUGUCUUUAUGCAUUUGAAUGAGAGGUGGCUGAAGGAAUGCUUCGAAGGAGUUAUACAGCAAUUGGACGACGAGACGCUCAUCGAGACGAUCCUCGGCUGUGAACGGCUCCAAGUCGCCUUCUCGAGGUCCCGCAGCGAAGCGGCUUUUACCGUUCUGAACAUGGUCAACGAUAUUCUGGACGUGGGAAUGCAAUACCUGAUCCACUCUUUCCAUUUGGUCAUCACCAGCAAGAGUUUUGCAGCCCAAGGAAAGGGUCUCGCCCUAAACCUGGGAAUCCUCGAAGACAUCCUCCCCACCCUGGUCCACAGCUUGUCCGCCGACGUCGCCAUCAAGUCAUACCUGGGACUAGCUGACCUGCUGACCGAGAUUCAAAGCGUCCCACCAUCUCCAAAGAAGACGCUGUCGAUUCCGAUCGAUGAGUGGAGCCCGAGGUUCUACGUUCUCGUCCGUCGGCUCUACGAACUUGUUGAUAAGCACCUGCUGCACUACGCCGCUUCGGUGGUCCGGGCGGAAGCUUGGAAUUUGUUGAAUGAAAGGGAUCAAGUGCGGAUAAGGGAGACCGGCAUCUUCGUCGAAAUGCGCCAACCAAAAGCCUCCAUGCCGCGCUUCAGCAGCAACAAUCGGGCAUACAAACGCAGUGCAUCGGCUGGAGUGCAAAUGGGCCAUCUUUACACUCCCGAAAGGGGAAGGAGUUUGGAGCGGCACAAGCCGCUGACGAUGAUACAACAAAAGGCUCGUGAUCCCGAGUCAGAGCCGAUUGUGGAUGAGAAGGAAGUCUUCGAAGAACCGAAACCAAGCACCAGCGCCGUAAAAUCACCAAAGACGGGCCAAGAAAACAAAACGACUCAAUCGGCCGAGGCCAAGAAGCAGAGCCCCAGGCAGCAGAGCCCCAGGAAGCCGCAGAGGCAGCCAACGCCUACGAAGGAAGAAAAGCCGCCUCAACCGGCAGAAUCCGGAAUUCCCAGACCGCGAUCAAGCCGGAAUUCAUCCAGAGCAACUUCAAGAGAAUCUACCCCAAGAACUGUGAAAGAAGAUCUCGAAGAGCACAAAAUGGAACGCCAAAACACGCACACGAUAAUCCACAACGAUCCGUCGAGGACAGCAAACCUACCUGGCCCAUCACCGCUGAAGGACAACGGCGAAAAGCCAAAAAGCGUGGUGAAGCCGAUGCCCAAGGCCGAUCCACCAUUGGCUGGGACUUCGAGGUUCGACAAGAACUGGGAUACCACAGCCGAAACCAUCGGGGAGGGUGAUAACUGCUUCGACGCCUCAACGACAGGGUCCUGCGCCGAUCAAGACCACUGCAUCCGCCGAGGCCAAGAAGCGUGC